AUGCCCAACUUUGACGAGCUGAAGGCGGCGGCGCGCCGCGCCGGUCAACAGGCCGGUAUGUAUGCGCAGAAUGCAAGUGCGCAGCUCCAGACUGGAUUCAGCCUGCCGAGUGAGUGCAACCGUGCGGCCAAGAUCCUGAAGAACUUCCUCGCGGACCCGAGUCACCCCGAUACGAUCAUGAGCUCCAUCCCGAAGCGCGUGCUGAUGCGUGCCAAGGGCCUGGCAAUCUUUACCGUGGUCAAGGCCGGGAUGGGUUGGUCCGGAAAGGCAGGCAGCGGUGUCGUGACCGCGCGCCUCCCGGACGGCUCGUGGUCGGCACCGACGUGCAUCGUCACCGGCGGUGUCGGUCUCGGCUGGCAGAUCGGCGCGGACCUCACCGAGUUUGUGAUUGUGAUGAACACGGAGGAGGCCGUGCGCUCGUUCGGCCUUGCGGGCAACCUCACGUUCGGUGGCAACAUGAGCGCGGCAGCGGGCCCGAUCGGCCGCGGCAGCUCGGGCAUGGUGUCGGUUGGUCAUAUGGCGCCGAUGUUUUCCUACUCGCGCAGCAAGGGUCUGUACGCGGGCAUCUCGCUCGAAGGCACUGUGCUUAUGGAGCGCAAGGAUGCCAACCGCGAGUUCUACGGGCAGCCCAUCCCUGCGAUGGACCUCCUCCUGGGCAAGGUGCCGGCCCCCGAGGCGGCCUCGGCGAUGUACGAGGUGAUUGAGACGGCCGAGGACUUUGACGAGAGCGCAUUCCUGCGUGCCGCGUAUCCCAACUCGAGCCACCGCACACAGGCCGGCCAGGCACCUCCGUACGAGGAGGAGCCCUUGGCGGAGCAGCACGAGGAGAGUGUGCCCGAGAAGGAGGGGGCGAAGUCCACAACGGUCGAUGACGAGUAA